AGAAGACCAGAACUACACUUCCCGGCAUGCCGCUGGCGAGAGUGGCUGCGUUUGGUGACGUCAUCUCCUCGCGCCGGACAGAAGUUCAGCACGUUGUUGGUGUGUACUCGGGGAAACUGUAUUAAGAUGCCGAAAGUCAAGUCCGAGAAGAAGAGUCGUAAGCACCAGGAGAUCAGGAGCCAGGGGGUUAUGUUCAAUACAGGUAUUGGGCAGCACAUCCUGAAGAACCCGCUCAUCGUGAACAGCAUCAUUGAUAAGGCCGCCAUACGACCAACCGAUGUCGUGCUGGAGAUUGGUCCUGGCACAGGGAACAUGACUGUCAAGUUAUUAGAGAAAGCCAAAAAGGUUGUUGCUUGUGAACUUGAUACACGACUUGUGGCGGAGCUCCAGAAGAGAGUCCAGGGCACACCUGCUGCAAGUAAACUUCAAGUCCUGGUUGGAGAUGUGUUAAAGACUGACCUGCCGUUUUUUGACCUGUGUGUGGCCAAUUUACCUUACCAGAUCUCCUCUCCCUUUGUUUUCAAGCUCCUUCUUCACAGACCGUUCUUCAGAUGUGCGGUGCUGAUGUUUCAGAGAGAGUUUGCAAUGCGGCUGGUGGCCAAGCCAGGAGACAAGCUGUACUGCCGCCUGUCCAUUAACACCCAGCUACUGGCUCGUGUAGAUCACCUCAUGAAGGUUGGGAAGAACAACUUCAGACCCCCUCCAAAAGUGGAAUCCAGUGUUGUUAGAAUAGAACCAAGAAAUCCUCCUCCUCCCAUAAACUUUAAGGAAUGGGACGGAUUGGUACGAAUUGCGUUUGUAAGGAAAAACAAAACGCUUUGUGCAUCAUUUAAAUCCAGCGCAGUCCAGGAGCUGUUGGAGAAGAAUUACAGGAUACACUGCUCCCUCCACAACAUUGAAAUACCAGAAGAUUUCAGCAUAGCCGAGAAAAUUGGAAAGGUCCUCACAGACAGCGGAUUUAGUGAAAAACGGGCCCGAUCUAUGGACAUAGAUGAUUUUAUCAGAUUACUUCAUGGGUUUAAUGCAGAUGGAAUCCAUUUCUCUUAAAUUAUUUGGCUUAUUCUUUCUACACUUAUAAUAGGGUAUAAUGUUCUAGUAUCUGUAUGGGCACGGAGCCAGUAAGUGGCUGGACACGGGUGAAAAUGCUCCACUAGUCUGACCUCAGAUGUGUGACUGAGGCCUCAACUUGUACAGGGAGCUUACACUCUACAGAUGAUUGUAACCCCACAUGAACUGUGAGUUACAGAUAUUUUGCUUGCAGGUCAAUAAAUAAUGUAAAUUUCCAUAAACUGUCAAAUGUUAUUUCAGAGAGUAAAACUCCAGUUUAUAAGAAAGAACAGUGUGUGGCAUCUCUUCAUGAUGGAGUCUGGUACAUUAUAAUUAUUAUCAUAGGUGUUUGCUGCCAUCUUGUGGAGCUCGGCCGUGUCUGUAUAAAACAAAAAGAGCAAUCCUGAAGUCUUGCAGUUUUCACACUGACCCCUGAGCCUCAUGUUAUGUUGACACUAUGGGGGAGGUUUAUCGUGAGAGGAAUUCUUAGUCAGUUUUGCAGAAGUCUGUGUCCCCAAACUCAUGAAAUGUUGCACAAUAAAUUUGGUGCAUCUUUUAAGUUUUAAGGCCACCUGCACACAGUGCAUAUUACAAUUGGAAUUUCAGCUGUAAGAAGGUUCCUGGAAUCAUCGUGGAUGGAAGGUGUGUGUCACCGAGGUUCCCUGGCCUCGGUGAAGUAAGAGCUGGUAUUUUGUGUGUCAGCAGCAGCUAUUGCUGAUUGACACCUUGAGAGUUAGCAUGGCUA